AUGAAGGAAGAUGCACCAACUACGGGCAUCAAAGGCGCCGAGCUCAACUCGAGGGAAGAUGCCUCCAGCAGCGACGAAGCCAACGUGCCCGCACCGACAGCUCCACGGCCAAAGGACGACAGUGAUGCGGAGAGCGUCGGCGGGCAGAGGAACACCAUGUCGCGGAAGCGCAUGCUGCUGGCCUUCUCCGCGUUAUCAGUCUGCUUGUUCGUCUCCUUCAUCGACCAGACCAGCGUCUCGACAGCAGUACCCGCGAUUGCGGGCGACCUCGACACCGGCACAGCAACAUCGUGGAUCGGGACCUCGUUCCUCAUCGCCUCGACGGCGUUCCAGCUCAUCAACGGCCGGCUGUCUGACAUAUUCGGGCGGAAGAACCUCCUCAUGAUCUGCCUGGUCUUGAUGGCGGUCGGGGACAUUCUCUGCGGCUUCUCCAAGACGAAGGAGCAGCUCUUCGCGUUCAGAGCCAUCGCGGGUAUCGGCGGCGGCGGCAUCAACAGCAUUGUCAUGAUCAUUGUCAGCGACAUCACGACGCUCGAGAACCGCGGCAAGUAUCAGGGCGUUCUCGGAGCCGUGCUGGCCCUCGCAAACGGCGUCGGCCCCUUCGUCGGCGGCGCCGUCGUGCAGGAGUCAACCUGGCGCUGGGUCUUCUGGAUGGUCCCGAUCAUCAGCGCCCCGGCGGCCUUAACCAUCCUGUUUUGCUUGCCGUUGAAGCAUCAGUCCGGCAACUACGCGGAGAAGGUCAAGAAGAUCGACUACGGCGGCAUCGCGCUCAACAUGGCCUCGGUGCUGCUGCUCCUGAUCCCGUUGUCGGGCGGCGGUGUGACGUAUCCGUGGUCGUCGCCGUUCGUCAUCGCAGCCGUCACCGUCGGCGCCGUGUUGGGAGUCCUCUUCGUCCUCUUCGAAUGGAAACUCGCCAAACUUCCCAUCAUGCCCCUCCGCUUGUUCAAGGACGCUCACUGCAGUUAUCUGUACGGGCAGACGUUCCUCAUGGGGCAGGCGUACUUUGGCAACCUGUUUUACUUCCCGAUCUACUUCCAGUCCAUUCUCAAGUACACGCCCCUCGUGGCCGGCGCCCUCAUCCUCCCCGUCAUCAUCUCGACCUCGAUCCUGUCCAUCCUCUCCGGACAGUACAUGCUCCGCGCCGGCCUCUACAUGCCGUGCAUCCUCGUCGGCUUCUUCCUCUGGACCGUCGGCAACGGGCUCACCAUCAUGUUCGACCGCGACACGGGGCUGGGCGAGCUCAUCGGGAUCCUCAUCAUCGUCGGGUCGGGGAUCGGGCUCACCCUGCAGCCGACGCUGGUCGGCAUGUACGCCAAUUCGCGGAGCGAGGAUCGCGCGGUCACGACGGGCCUGCGCAACUUCAUCCGCACCAUCGGCGGCGCGUUCGGGCUCGUGGUAUCGGGCGUGAUCUUGUCCAACACGUUGAGAAGGGACUUAAGCGGGAAGGAGUUCGUCUCGGACGCGGUCAUUGCGGAGCUCACGUCGUCGACGUACACGUUGGACCAGAAGGGGUUCUCGGAGGAGGAGAAGACGGUGAUUCUGAAGGCGUAUAUGAAAGGGCUGCACUACAUCUUCAUCUACUACGUGGUCUGCUCAGGCCUGAGCCUGGCGCUGACCUUGGGGGUGGGUAACACGGGGUUGAAGGCGAAGAAGCCGGCCGCGGUUGAGGAGCGCGUGGAAGAACGCGUCGAGCAGGCGAUGGCUCCUGGAACGGUUGAGCUGGAGGACGAAAAGAAAACCGGCGUAUGA